CUCGGUGGGUUCUUCAGCAGGCAUUUAGGAAAAGGAGUUUCGAGGGCUCUUUAUUAACCUGGAAAUACCUGUGAUGUAACGCUCAGCUGAAAUCUCCACGUGGUGACGGUACCAUGUCUGCUCCAGGAGCCUACCAGGCGGCCGCUGGGCCUUCCUCGGCACCCACCUCGCCCCCGUCCUAUGAAGAGACACUGGCCGUAAACAGUUACUACCCCACGCCUCCAGCACCCGUGCCCGGGCCAACCACGGGGCUCAUGACCGGCCCGGAUGGAAAGGGCAUGAAUCCUCCUGGGUACUAUACCCAGCCGGUGCCCGUCCCCAAUGCCAACGCAAUUGCCGUGCAGACGGUCUACGUGCAGCAGCCUGUCUCCUUUUUUGACCGCCCGGUCCAGAUGUGCUGUCCCUCCUGCAACAAGAUGAUUGUGACUCAGCUGUCCUAUAAUGCCGGCACCCUCACCUGGCUCUCCUGUGGGAGCCUCUGCCUGCUGGGGUGCGUCGCGGGCUGCUGCUUCAUCCCUUUCUGUGUGGACGCCCUGCAGGACGUGGACCACUACUGUCCCAACUGCAAAGCUCUCCUGGGCACCUACAAGCGUUUGUAGGACUCGACUGGACUGGAGGGAGCCACGAGCCACAGGAACGCCUGGCCGACUGUCACCCCGCCCGGGCCCUGGUGGGACCUCCACCUUGGCGGUGUCACCUCACCAGGGGCUCCGCCUUCGUGUCUUCUUUUGGGGGGAAAAGAUCGCAAAAGUAACACACCUCCAAACACCAGAAAGUUGCUGCUUGGAGUCGUGCACAGGACAUGCAAAGACAUUCUCCUUGAGCGCUGGGUCAAGGCUUUCCUGCCUCCCUGGGGCCCAGGUCUUCUCAUGUAGCUGUGAUCAUUGUCCCGUCUGAAUAAUCUCCUGGGGAGUUGCCACUGGCUGGCUUUUGUUCUGGCCUCCGUGGGCCCUUCUCUCUGUGGUCUGAAACUGAGACGUCCCCAGAUUGCCUUAUUUUUUUGAAAGUGUUCUGGCCCUGGUUUGGCUGAACCAGCCUUUAGUGCCUAGCGUCACAUCCAUCUGUCCCCACUUCCGAUGACAAAAAUCUUGCCUUAUCAACCAAGGGCUUGGCUCUCAGAUUCUGUAACCACAGGCUUUUAAUUAGCACACAAAUUCACUUUAAUUUCCUUUCUUUCUUUUUUCCUGUUUUUUUUUUGGCUGCAGCCGCAGCACGCAGAAGUUUUGGAGCCAGGGAUCAAACCCGCACCAUAGCAGUGACCUGACCCACAGCAGGGACAGCACCAGAUCCCCAACCCGCUGUGCCACCAGGGGACUCCUAGUCUCUUCAUUCACUUUUAAGUCCAAGGAAGGGUUAUUCACACCCCCCAGGCACAUAGCCCUGAGGUCAUAAACGCCAGCAAGAAAUAGGAAGCUAGAUCUUAUCACUGACCUGCCUUCUAGGUACCAAAUCCGCAGUCACUUUCCAGGAAGGGCUUUUUUCUCAGAGAGGAAUUGUUUGUAUUCACAGUUUUUGUGACCUCCUUUUGGUCUUAAACCCCUUUGAACAUAAUUUCGAAAGGAGGAAUUGAUAGAACUGUUUUCUGGAACCCUUCAACUGGUGUCAUUCUCUCAUCUGCCAAUGCGCUCUUGUUUUUUUUGCUUGGGGGUGGGGGGUUUGCCGUAAGAGAAAAAGUAAUGGAUAAUUUCAUCCACUGCCUUUACUUGGGUUGAGUGUGGUUCUUCAAAACCUCCAUAAUGGGACUCAAAGUGGGGCCCCUUUUGGGUUCCCGGUGGUAUGUUUGGAAAGACAAAGGAAGUAUGUUUGAGCAUGUCUGGGAACCAUGGUGCUGAAAGCUUGGGGAUCUGACUGUUUCAAAAGAAUCCGAAGCCUGGGUUUUAUUUUUCAGAAAUACAAUUUAUUGUGUGACAUCAGAAGAUAUGAUUUCUAGGACUCAGGCCACAAGCCAGAGUUGGUUUACGGCUCUGUCAGCUUUGAAAUCAAGACAAAGCCGGGCUCAACGUUCAGGGGUCCCUGUUUUGAGAAUAAAUAGGCACAGAGAAUGCAUGUGAAUAAUAGUAGGUAGAAAUCAAGUUUAGACCUUGAUCAAAAAAAAAAAAAAUCUGUAUAUUGGUUGAAAAUGAUAACCCUUGAUUCAGCUUGUUCCAUUCGAUGUUUCAAAAGUUGCAGGAAUUAUUUUUGCAAUGACUGGAUAGUACUUGGGUGUUAUCUGCUUUUCAAAAAUAAAGUCUUUGGUUCACUCUGUGAACUAUUUCUCUCUU